CGCCUGACCUCGGCCCUGGCGGCUGGCCCUACGACAGACAUGCGUCAGAUGCUGUCAUGGGCGUUCGAGCCGGCGGACCAGGGUAUGCUGGAAGGACUGGUGGCGCGCGGCCGCGCCGACGCGCGCGCGUGGGUGGAAGCGACGGGCGUCGGCGCGCUCGCGGCGGCGAGGAGGGGCGCGGCCGCGACAGCGGGGGAGAGCGUGGAGGCCGCGGCGGCGGCGCCUUCCGCGACCGCAGGCGGCGGCCUGGUCCUGCCAUAG